CAACUUCUUCUGAGUUAAACCAUAAGCAUACUCCAAACAAUGGAACUCAACUCUGUUCAAUUUCUUCGAAACAAGACGAUACUUGUCACCGGCGCUACCGGUUUCCUUGCCAAGGUUUUUGUGGAGAAAAUUUUAAGAGUGCAACCAAACGUGAAGAAGUUAUACCUUUUGGUUAGAGCAUCAGACAACGAAGCUGCGGCCAAACGCUUACGCACAGAGGCAUUUGAGAAAGAUCUUUUUAAGGUGUUGAGAGAGAAUCUUGGAGAUGAGAAGUUGAAUAGAUUGUUGUACGAAAAAGUUGUCUCGGUCCCUGGUGAUAUCGGGACUGAUCAUUUAGACAUAAAGGACUAUGAUCUUGUAGAACGUAUGCAAAAAGAAAUAGAUGUUGUUGUCAAUGUUGCAGCCACAACAAACUUUGACGAGAGAUACGAUGUUGGGCUUGGGAUCAACACAUUUGGAGCUCUCAACGUCCUUAACUUUGCCAAAAAAUGUGUUAAAGCUCAAUUGCUUCUCCAUGUCUCUACUGCUUAUGUUUGCGGAGAAAAGCCGGGUCUACUACCGGAAAAGCCAUUUGUUAUGGAAGACAUUCGUAACGAGAACGGUCUUCGAUUGGAUAUAAACCUUGAAAGGGAACUGAUGAAGAAGAAAUUGAAAGAACUCAAUGAACAAGAUUGUUCAGAAGAAGACAUUACUCUUGCCAUGAAAGAACUUGGAAUGGAAAGGGCAAAGCUUCAUGGAUGGCCAAACACAUAUGUUUUCACCAAAUCAAUGGGAGAGAUGCUUCUUGGUAACCAUAAAGAAAAUCUUCCUCUCGUCAUCAUUCGUCCCACGAUGAUCACUAGCACUUUUUCCGAACCCUUUCCCGGUUGGAUCGAAGGGUUAAGAACCGUAGACAGCGUGAUUAUCGCAUUCGGAAAGGGAGUACUCAAGUGUUUUCUCGUCGAUGUAAACUCAGUUUGCGAUAUGAUACCAGUGGAUAUGGUGGCAAACGCAAUGAUCACUGCUGCAGCAACUCAUGCAGGAGGUUCAAAGGUUCACAUGGUGUAUCAUGUUGGCUCAUCUCAUCAGAACCCUGUGACGUUCGGAGAGAUUCAUGAGAUUGCGGUUCGUUACUUCACCAAGAACCCUUUGCGUAGUCGCAAUGGUUCGCUCAUAACUGUUUCGAAAUUGAGGUUCAUAUCAUCCAUGGCUUUAUUCAGCUUCUACAUGACCUUACGUUACAAACUACCUCUCCAGUUACUAAAAUUGAUUGAUAUAAUAUACCCUUGGAGAAAAGGAGAUAAAUACGGAGACAAGAACCGUAAAAUAGAGUUGGCAAUGAGAUUGGUAGAGCUUUACGAGCCUUACGUACUCUUCAAGGGCAUAUUUGACGAUAGAAACACCAAGAGCUUAUGCGCAAACCAGAAGGAAGAAGAGAGCAAGAGUUCAGAAAAAAUGAUGUUUGAUUUUGACCCAAAAGUCAUAAACUGGGGAGAUUAUCUCACAACAAUACACAUUCCUGGUCUCAUCACUCACGUACUUAAAAGAUAAAACCACAUGCAAAAAGAAAAAAUUAUAUUACAUUUCUGCAUGUAUAUCACUUAAUAAGACAUAUAUAUUUAUUUGUAUACUUGUAAACGUAAUUCUUUUAAAAUAAAACAUAUAUUAUCUUCUGCUUUUCUAUUGGAAAGAGCUAUUUAAUUUGACGAUAAUAAUUGUAUGAUACAUGAUUUGUAAAUUUGUUUAGUUUGGUAUAAGGUUAUUGUUGGUUGGUUCAUUUUA